CGUUAAGAUCGGUAUGGGCAAGGUCGACGGCCGAGAACGUGCAGGGGUUGCUGUCACCGGAGAACACCGCCAGAGCCAGAGCAGACAGCCGUGGACCUGGGAGCGGACAUGGGCGCCUCGGGUGUCUGGAUAGGGAGCGGAAGGGGGUCUGCCAUGCUGGGAGCGGUGACGUCCGAUGUGCAGCCCAUAUGGCAGGGCGCGCGAAGAGCGGGCGAGCGCGGUUUCUGCCUGAACUCGUUCCGGUCGCGUCAGGAUCCGCGAGCUGCUCGCCAUGCAUGUCCCCGGCCGUCGAUGCCCUCACCGCUUGCCACUCCGAGUCGCUCGCUCGCGCUCGAGGCGGCUUCCCUCGUGGGCUUCGACUGCAUCUGCUGGGGGUACCGGCGUGGAGGAGACGUCCGAACUCUUCGUCUGACUUCUGUCGUGGCUCUCGUUCUGCCAUGCAGCUCCGUCGUCCGCUCAGAAGCACCUCUCCGUGAUAUAAAACGCGCCGCUGCUGCGCCCGGCCCCCAGCCUCUUGAUCUCGCGCUACCAGUCGUUCUUGGCCGCGUCAUCCUCCUCUUGUCUGCUCUUGCUCUGCCAUCUGCUGCUCCGACCGCUGCAGGCUUAUUCGGCUGCCCCCUUUGCCUAUCUUCGCACGCGUCGCCCCUCCAUCCUCCCUGCCCAUCAUCGUCGACUAUUGCUUCCUCCUUGCCCUCGUUCCCUCCACCCGCUCAUGGAUCUGCACGCUGUACCAUUCCCUACCACUCAUCAGCCGGAAGAUUCCCUCUUCAUCGACAAAAGGCCCUCGGUGCCCCCCCGCCUCCAUUCCACUCCUUCCUUGCCAAACCUCUGGCUUCCCCAUCAUUACGGUUCUCUGUCGCCUUCUCUUCCUCUCCAGGGCUCUGCCAGACACCGCCCCCACCUUCGUCCUCUAGACCUGGCGUCUUCACCGUCUUCCUCGCCGACUAAAAAGGACGGCCCUUCACAUCUUGCUCGCCGCCCGCCCUCCCUUCUCACGCCUCCGCUGACGCCGUCCUCGUCUUUCAACGGAACCUCCAACGAUACCCCCUUCACUCCCCCAGAUCCUCAUUCUCCGUCGCGCUGGGCCAGUUCCACCGACCGUGAUCACACUUAUACCCUGAUCCAUCCCUCAUAUUCCGCCGGCUCCAAGACAUACAUGACCACGCCGACGACUGCUGCGCAUGAUGUCGGUUACCUCACCCCAACCAGUGCCCGCUCUCAGUCCCUUUCCUCUGACGACGGUACGGGUAAAGUCCAAACCCCGAGCGCCGCACAGGAUGUGUCCACUUUGGCGACCGGACUCGCUAGCGUCGAUAUAACUCCCAGAGAUGAACGGACUUGCGUAGUGGUCGGUUUGGACGAGGCGCCUGUCUUCGACUUGGAAAUCGGUGAAGCGACGUCCGAUAAGCCUACGCGUCUGGUUCUUAUUCGCAACGUGUCAUCGACAGCGUCGGCUACCGUUCUGCGUGAAGCUUUUUCUGGGAUCGGGGACAUCAAAGGCAUCCUCGCCCGUUUCCAAUACCCCCAUGGCGUUGUGAUUUUGGCGUUUUACGACUCCAGGGACGCGACGCGGGCUCUGCGGCAGAUCUCAGCCAAUCAAAUACCAACGCUUGGCGAUGCCCGUUUGUCAGCUGCGUUUGUAUCUCCUGCUGAUGUGGAAAGGCUCACGGGGAAGUCCGAAUUCCUGGCUGAACUGGACGGCUCUUUUUUCGUCACGGUGGAAGCGCGGUCCGUUGCUCCAAGAGACGUGCAGAAUUUGCUGGCAUCUUUCGGAGAGCUAGCAUCUUUUGACGGUGCGGGAACCGACCCUCACGAUCAGACUUUCCAUGUGGACUAUCAUGAUUGCAGAGACGCCGCGAGUGCAUAUAAGGCACUCAACAAUCGGACGAUUUUCGGUGCCCGCCUUACCCUCGUUUCCAACAAGGACGUUUUGACCCACCCUGUUCGGCUGAUGCAAGGCGCUGCCCGCAGUAUGGAGAGCGAGCUGCAGCGUGAUAUGGAAGGUCGUUCGCGUCCUCGGAGCAUGAGCGUCAGUGAAGGCGUGGGCACCCCGGAUGCGGCGCGGAAACUGAAUAAGACUAAGGACAUUUCCCAAGACCAUGGACGCCGCUCCUCGAAUGACCUCUUCUUCGACGCCAUUGGCAAGGGUUUAGACUCCUCUCACGCCGCGUCCCUCCGUCCCCGUAGUAUCAGUGCGAGCGCCGAGAACUUCGCAAGCAACGUCGGGAUGCAACCGCCUGGAGGCGGAUACAUGACCCCUGGCCCUGCUUAUCCGUACGCAGAGCCUCCUUAUGGCUACGGUCAUCCCCUGCAAGUCCAGGUUCCUUCCAUGUAUCCCGCUCAUUCAUACCCUUAUCCGGUAUAUGGUCACGACGUGGGGAUGUACGGCCCCGAAGUCGAAGGUUUGAACUGGACGUACACUGGCGCUCAUCCACGCCAAGUCGACUACUAUCUCCCAUCAGUCCCCCGGCCCCCAGUAUAUGCACAUGCACAACCAGUCGCAUCGAUCAGUGGCACGUCCGUGAGGAUGGGUCAGCAGCCACUCGCAGCCGGACCCGGUGAUCGCACGACGUCCCACACCAACGGACACCACGAGCCAACCCAGACCGCGUCUAGUAAUGACGGGUUUGACAAUUCGCUGGGAGGACCACGCGCUCCUGGGGCGAAGAAUGUCCUUGACAUCCAAGCAAUCGAGAGCGGGAUCGACACGCGGACAACUGUUAUGAUCAAGAAUAUCCCGAACAAGAUGACCGAUAGGGACCUCAAGAAUUUCAUUGACAGGGUAUGCCCCCGGCGCAUCGACUUCAUGUAUCUCCGCAUGGACUUCCAGAAUGGAUGUAAUGUCGGUUAUGCGUUCGUCAACUUCAUUACCGUGCAAGAUCUCCUGCAGUUCGCCAAGACGCAGAUAGGUGUCAAGUGGAAUAUGUAUUCCAGCGAGAAGACCCUGCAGAUGUGCUACGCGACGUACCAGGGUAAGGAGUCACUCGUCGAGAAGUUCAAAAACUCCUGCAUUAUGGACGAGAAAGAGGCGUGGCGCCCCAAGAUCUAUCACUCGGACGGUCCUAAUCAGGGGCUCCCUGAACCUUUCCCUCCACCAACCCAUCUACGUCGUAAGGAGCGGAGUCAACACAACCGUGGUGCGCUCUUCGUUCCUGGCACUCACCACCAGCCUUCAGGCGGCGGCGGCCUAUACCAUCAUCGUCCGCAUCCCCCUCGCAUGUCCGGCCGCUAGUCGGCUGCCAUUUCCGCCCUUUCGCAAGCAAUUUCUCGUAGUUUUCCCAUGCACGCGCCAGCAAACCGAAUCGCUUCUCCGCACCCCAACCAUCAAGAGCUCUCUGCGCAGUUAGAUCGAAAUCGGACUUCUGUAUGUUGUAUGUACUAAUGGGCUUCUUUGACUCCUGCUGCUCGUCGUUCCUGCCCUGUCGCUCGCUCUGUCGUCGCUCCUCUCUCCAUACUGACAUGUCAUAUGCUGAAUUGCUUUCCACCAUCGCAUCUGUCCGUAGUCAUCGCGUUAUCUUUUCUUAACAUAUAUACCAUGUUUAUUUACUUGCCUU